GGGGAGAGAAAGCAGAGGAAGGGAGUAUGUUUUCAUACGGGAGUCGAUGAAAAACAUGAAAGUUCGUUUGCGGUCUAAUUAAUCAAGUCUUCAAAAUGUACAAGCGAUUUAGUGCAACGGGGAAGCGAAUGGUCACCAAACAGUGUCCACAGUGUGAACAGCAGAACCCAGUGGCCUGUAAAAGCUGCCCAUGCGGUCAUGACUUCUUCGCCUCACGCAAGGCAAUGGCCAUGGCAGAUGAAGCUACAAAUGGCAGACGUCGUACAGAGAGGGUACGCCGAGAAAGACAGAGCUACCUCACCACCCUUCUGCUCGAGGAGCGGGCACGAGUGGCAAAGAGGAAACAAAGGUUAAAGGAGCAGCAGCGAAAUCCACAUCACCAUCCACAGAGAGGACGGCCCCCUAAGGUGUCUUCAUCACAAGACGAUUCUGGUGAAGAGAGGAAGUCCAAUCGUGGGAGGCCUCGUAAGACACUCAUCGAAGACAUCAGGAAAAAACCGGUGGGCAGCAGCCAUAUGCCCAUGGUGAAAGUAGAAGAAAUGAAAAAAGAAGAGCCCCCAAUACCUGAAGACGAAGAAGACAUGUUUGAGGACAUGUCUCCAGAACAGUUGGAACAGUUUGCUUUUGUUCUAGAAGAAAUCAACCGGAAACUCAUGUCCCAGCUGUUUCAACAAAGAUUUCUUACGUGAAGCAGAGGUACCCCCCCUCGCACGUAAGAGCUCAUCUCUGAAUGUGUGAGUGUGGGGAUGUGUGAUGAAAAAGGAAGUGAAAGUAAUGAACACGAGAACUGUUGCGGGAUGUGCUGUGUUGUACCAUGAUUAAAUGGUACUUUACGAAACUGCAGAAGGUACAGUUUUAAGUGUUUCGCACAUAAUUCACGUGUAUGCUGCUUGAUUUUGUGAUGUGCCAUGAAAUGUAUUUGUGGCACGUUUUUAACACUAUGUCCAUUUUAUUAUUGUUACCUGUAUAAUGUUUGAAGGCACAGUGAACAAAUUUGCAUAUUUUGGUUGCUUUCGUCUGCUAAAACACUUUGAAUGCCAUCUGCGUACUGCAAGCUGGCGAGAUCAACAGAUCAACGUGAAUGUUAGCGUGAUGUAAUAUAAAAUUUAAGUCACUGUGAUGUGAAAUACUUGUAAUAUUUUCCAAACUAUUGCAGUAGCACCGUAGUAGUGCAUUGAGCGGGAAGCAUCGACACUAUAGAAUAUGAAGGUAGCACAUGUGUGUGAUUUACUGACCAUGUUUACAGCAAGAUGUAGAUACCAUUUUCUAUGCACCUGGUGAAAAUACAGUGGAGUUGUAACAGAGUAUUAACAAAUCGUACUGUAUGGUUUCUUCACACCAUAUUCUGACGCAUCUAAUUUUUGCACAAAAUAAGGCUGUUCACCUUGGAACUUCACAAGCAUUAAGGUAGAAUGCACACUACCUGCUCUGUGUCUAUCGCAACCAUUUCAUGAUAAAGCUAUUUUGUCUGUUUUAUCGAGUGACAGUGAAUUCUUCACAAGGACACAACGGAAUCAGAUAUAUUCAAAGCAAUGUCUGAACACCUUCAUGCCUCUGUUAUGUGACUCUCGAUGCGGGACCCAGGAUGUCAUCCAAAAUGAACAUUUUAGAGCUACAUCUAUCUAGAAUCUUCAUGACAUGCACUGCAGUGAUAUUGUUAUUCUUAAGCGCCAAAAAAUUGAUUUUUGAUUUGCAUACUUCACGAGUGCAUACAUUUAAUGCUUCAAAUGUUGUGACAUAUUUUGUCCCAGAGUGCAAAUUUUGUCUAUCUUGCUUUAUAUUGGCGAGAUGCUAAAAAAAGUGAGAAACAUUGUGAGUGUUCACCUGGAAAUUUUUUUAUGCCUUGCUAGUAUAAUACCUGUAGGUAUCACUCCUUGCAUUUUAUCACGUUGCAUUCAGUAAUAUUGGUACCCUGACUGUAUAUAUUGUGGAAUGCGGCAGCAGCAUUGCAAGAGUGGAAAGGAAGUGGUGACGGUGCGAACAAAGUUGCAGCGCCAGUAUGUACUGGGUGUCCAAUCUCACCAACACUGCAUUCUGUGUACAGCUUGUAUUGGUCCUCCUUGUGAAACAGCAGUAUUGCAUUACAUGCUUGCAAAGAAUAGGGCUUCAGCUGAGCUUACAAAGACCUUUUUAGGCAGCAAAUAAAUGUCAACACUUGUGUUCGUGGUCGUCGUGUGUGAGCUGACGUUGCUUUGUUGGCUGCCACAAAUGACAAGUUUUCUUUCAGUAAUCAUAAAAGGGCAGCUGUCCUUCGCUGUGCAUGCUACAAAAAUUAUUUUUAUGCAAAGUAAGCAGUGAGGAGCAACGUGCAUUCUGUAAUGACAGAAAUAUGUUUUCUCUUCUGUUCUUUGCAGGAUAUUUUAACGUAUCUGGGACGUGUGCCUCUCAGUUUCUUAUACCUGUGAGGUUUCAGUUCUUUGUAGUGUAAUAUACUGAGAGGAAAGCCUUUCUACCUUCCAUAGUGGUUGGGACAUUGAACAUUGCAGGGUGCUGGAAGGCAGGGCAGCAAACUAAGUCCAAAAGAGAACAAACACUGGAAUUAACUAUAUGUCAUCUCAGCGAAACGGAGCUGACACUGCACUUGGCAUUUUGGAAUAUACAUCACCACCUGGCUAGCCAAAGAAAACAUUCCGGUCCUGUUAGCACGAGCUCAAGUAGCAACGUUAGGACAUCACUCCCCGCUGGGUAGAAAUGCAUGCUCAUUAGUACAAACCCACGAAACAAAACGGAAUACUUAAGGCCUUUUCUGGGCUUUUCAAAUACAGAAGUUGCGUGCAAGGGAUGUUUCAAUGGGUUAGAUAUCCUGAUCUGGUAAAUUGUUUUAUACAAGUGUAUUUGAACGUAUAUUUGCUGUGUUCAGAUAAUUAUAUACACCAGUUUUGUCAGGAAACAUUAUAAUAAGUAUAAUAAUAUAGUAAAAUAAUAUCGUAUAUAAUAAAAUGCUGAUAAUACAACGAAGCUUGUCUGCUCUGCAAGGCAUGUAAGAUUCACAAUAACCGCUUACAUAGUACCUUUGUGUACCAUAUUUGAAUUUAAGUCAGGUUUGAACAGCUUUUAGCCAUUACCCUUGCCCUCGAGAAUGUUGCUGGAACAGGGUGAUUUGUGUGUUGAACAAGGUCCUGGACUUGCACUGGAAACUAUAUUGAUUUGAUGCCUUGGUGUACAGAGCAAAUAUGCUUAUAUAUAGUUUACUCAAAAAAAGGUUUUGUGCCAGUUUAAUUUGCACUAAGUGCAUUUGUUCCUCUGAUGAUGACCAACGGAAGAAACUGGAGUUGCACAAAUUCUAUAUGCAGCUUUAUCUCAAAAGCAGUGUGAAGAAAUUUGUGCAUGUUCAGACACUUGCAUAUGAAUAUAAGUAUACAUCAGUGUACACCGUAUUUCCUGUGCACAUAUACAUAUUUUUGACAAAAUGGAUUUGUACAAUGGAAGCAGACUUCAUUUUUGUAACUGGCGAGAAACUAGUUUUUGGUUAGUUAGGAUGUGUGUGUGCAAAUAUAUAAGUGGAUGUAUUUCAUGUUUGGAAGCAACACGAUUAUAGCUAGCUGAAGUGUUAUCAAUCAUAACGUCACCUUUGAACUGAAAAAGAGAAAAGCUUUAUCAUGGCCACAGUAAAAACAUUAAAUACAAAUUUUGUUAAUGUUUCUACAAUAGUUUUAUAAUGCUAUAAAGCAGAUUACCUCAUAUGCUUUGUGGACAGUGCAACUGUUAUUGUUGCAGUGGAAAUGUGUUCUGUUCUGUGGAACGCAGCAGUUGGGCAUUACAACGGGGGCCUGUGUACCAUAACAUGUACGAUGAUGAGUAACGCAGGUCUUUUGGGGGAUCAUCACUGCUGCAGUGCUCCAUAUGAUAGUGCACACUUGGUAAAAUCUGCUUAAUGAUUGUGCACAUUUAUGCUGUUGAGUAUCUCAUACAUUAGGCAACAUUUUUAUUUUAUUUUUUGUUUCGUAUUAUUAAUAUGUUUGGAGCGCAGGAGUGUCAUUCGCCUUGUAAGUUUGCUGUAUAAAAAAAAUUGUACUAGUGUUCAAGUCAUGCUUGCCAUGCAUGUAAUAUGAAGACAGCAUAUUCUUUUCACUAUCAUUAGACUACUUGAACAUUCAAGCAUCACUACCUGCUGCAGAGUUGUGUAAAGACCCCAAGAUUUGUGAAAAGUGUAUAAUUACUAUACUACUGUCUUCAAUGAAGAAUGUAUUGUUGACUUUUUGCUGCGCUAUAGUACUAUUACAUUGUAACAGAAGGAGGGUUGUUAUUCCUUUUUGUGUUCAGAGCAAUAUAAGAAUAAAAUACAUUGCCAUACUGCAAAAAGGCA